CCAACCGGCCUGACACUACGCCUCCUACUGUUCCUGUCCGUAAACCAGAAUUUCUGCCCAGCCGGGAGACGUCGAAGCUGAGGGCGACAUGGCUGGGCCAUGCCUGCUACUAUGUCGAGUUUCCCGACGGUCUGCGAGUGUUGUUCGAUCCUGUGUUUGAGGACCGUUGCUCGCCUUUCUCCUGGCUUGGACCGAAACGAUACACAGAGGUGCCGUGCCAGAUCAAAGACAUCCCUUUCAUCGACGCAGUUGUUAUUUCCCACAACCAUUACGACCAUCUGUCGCACCCAACAGUGAAGGAGAUCGCCAAACUGCAUCCAAAUUGCCAUUUCUUUGCGCCUCUGGGUAACAAAGAGUGGUUUUCUAGAUCGGGAAUUAAGAAUAUGACUGAGAUGGACUGGUGGGAAGAGCGGGAUGUCGUCCUUUCGCCUUCAAAGCCAGACGCUACGGUUGAAGAAGCAACGGGCGAUCUCGCGUCGAAGCCUGCGGAUAUCAAAGCGCGUGUCGGCUGCCUACCAUGCCAGCAUACCAGUGCCAGAGGACUCCUUGAUCGAGAGAAAACAUUGUGGUCGUCAUGGUAUGUCGAAUCUGGAGGUCGCAAGGUUUACUUCGCUGGGUAUGUCAAGGGUCCCGAUACACCUCUCCAUAUUUUCAAGGCUGACUUUGGAUAUCAUGCUCAGAGACACUGGAUACCGUGCGGUACCUGAACUUCCGGAUGGCGUGGACGAUCACGGCCCUGAGUAUAAUUACCCUUCGUGUCCUGCGUUCAAGCAGGUCGGCGAAUUCAGAGGACCCUUUGACCUAGGUCUGAUCCCCAUCGGAGCGUACGCGCCACGCUUCAUCAUGAGUCCGAUGCAUGCAGACCCUCAUGAUGCUGUGGAAAUAUUCAGAGAUACAAAGUGUAAACGAGCAACCGCCAUGCAUUGGGGUACGUGGGUGCUUACUGAGGAGGACGUCCUGGAACCUGCGAAGAAAUUGAAGGAAGCAUUGAAGAAGCAUUCAAUUCCUGAAGAGGGAGUCUUCGAUGUUUGUGACAUUGGCGAAAGCAGAGAGUAUUGAUCAACUUACAGGAGCCAUCUUUGGACAUAUGGUCUUUAAUAAUUGUUAGACUCACGCAUGAUGGACUUUGGAGUCUUGUGGAUACUGAACAUUAUCAGACACUGUCAUAUAGUUUAUUGUAUUUAAUUAUGUGAGAUU